AUGACUGAAAAGAAAAAUAUGGACAAUCGACGACGAUCCUCAACCAAGGGCACCUCUGUCCAGUACCUCCCUUCUCCUAGGGAAACUGACGAACGUUUGGCCCUUAAAUCACGAGACGGACACAUAACCCCUAAACCAAGGGAGGGUUCUACAACACCAAAACAAAGAGAUGGUCCAAAAACUCCAAGACAUAAGAGCAAUGAUGAACAGCAAACGUCUAAACAGAGUAACGGUAACGAAAUACUGAAGGAAAAGCGAAGCGCAAGUGUUCCUGAAAACUCCUCGACAUUGAGUCGUUUAGGCAUCCGUCGCCCCACCAUUAAAACACCUAAAACUCGAUGGAAAUCACGUGAUAGUUCAAAUUCUGUAUUUACGUCGGAUGACUUUGAUGAUACUGAUGGACCUGUUUUCAAAGAAGGAAAAGACGCAAGGAAAUGGAGUCUUUCGACAGGAGGAGUGGUCAUGCCUAGGACUCGGAAACACGACUCGGACAGUGCUGUUACGGCAUCCAAGUCCGAGUGGUCAAAAGUGCACAAACGUUUGUCCUUGGUCAAUGUCGUGUCUAAAGUGAUGGCAACUAACAGCCUUCAGCCGCUGCAUCCAAACAAAAGGAGACCAUCCAAGCUGGAACAACUUAGGGAUUUCAACAAGAAACAACUACUUAAAAAAUUUCGGUUAGUGGGAAAACUGACCGUCAUCUGUCUCAGGCUGUUCAAAGCUCACUCCUUGAGAGACAAGGAACAUGAAGAUGAGGUCUCGCCUUUUAUCAAGGGGUUACACUUCCACGACUAUGACACACCGACUGAUCUUCUGUUUGACAGGUCUAUCUUCAAGGCAAAUAAAUCGAUGCGAGUUCCAGAGGAAACAAAGAAAAUACUAUGUAAAAAUUCACGUGACCGAACAGAAAGAGAAGUGUAUGUGGCCCAAAUUGCACUACGCAAUAUCAAAGCCAUAGCCGAUUACCCUCAAAAUAUGCAACUAAAGAUUGCUCAAGUUGGACAGUAUGAAAGAUAUGAGGCAAAGCGGAUAGUCUUACGACAAGGUCACCCUGCGUCCGCCUACUACUUUGUUCUGUCAGGAGAAGCUGUGGUGAUGGUGAUGGACGAGUCGAGAACGUAUGCCAGACCAGCCUUUCAUAUAAAUAAAGGCGGUGAUUUUGGGGAACUGUCUAUCAUUCAAGGCACGAAGAGAAAUGCCACGAUAAUUUGUAAGGAGCCUUGCGAGUUUCUCAGUAUAGGCAAAAAGGAUUACAAGCGUAUAUUCAUGUCAGGUGGCACCAAGAGUCUGGGUGACCCGGAUCAGGAAAAAUUCCUGAAGUCUCUAAGUUUCCUGGAUGGAUGGCCAAUUGAGAAGCUGAAAGAAUGCCCUGAUAAGACAAAGUUCCUGUAUUUCAAACGAGGGGAUGUCCUUGCACAAGAUUCGAACUACUACGACUGGAUUAUAGUUGUUAAGUCGGGGAGUGUGCAGAUCCUUAAAAAACUGAAGAAAGUAGUUCCAUUUGAAUGGAAGAAGAAGGCCAAGGUGGUAACAUACGUUUCUACAAAGGAAAAGAGAGAUAAUCAAGAAAGACGGAAUGUUAGCAGACGAAUUCUAGCAGAGUUAAAAAUUCCCCUGCGAAAUGUGGAUGAAGAAGAUGAAUUCGUGGAAGAAUAUCCUGGGAAACCACGUCCAUUUCAGCAUCCUCUCCCUCCAGAUAGCACGAAAACGAAUCACCAAAUAAGUGAUGACGUCACUCUACCGGAUAUACACCAUACUCAAAACAAGGAAAAUAAACACAGAACUUCAUUCCCGAAAAUUGAGUCACAGAUCUUGCCUCGCGUGUCUGAAGAGACAGCAGAUGAAGAGAACGAUGCCAAUGAAACUAAUUACGAAGAAAUGGAUGAUGAAAUAGAAGAUCUACCGAAUGACUUUACCUCGACACAGCUUGAUCCGUUACACAUAUCUGGCACUCGUGGAAAGAGACGUCAGAGCUUUUUCGAAAAGGAAAAAGAGUUGAUGGGAUUCAAGGAACAUAAGCGAACGAUUCAGGAAGAUCUAGCCAAGACAAAGGACCAGGACGACAUCACCGAAGCUGAUCUUAGACCAGAAUUUGUAGAAGUACAGACAUUAACUAAAGGACAUGCUUUUGGUUUAGCUGGUCUCAUAUUGGAACCUCAGCCAAGUUUUUGUGUCGUAAGCAACGGAGCGGACAUCAUUCUCAUUGACAAAGAUUUCUACAUCAAUCAUACUUCGGACAUCUUGAAAAACAAAAUGAGACAGGAGCUAUGUCCUUAUCCCACGGACGAGGAGAUGCAAAAUAAACUACAACAGAACGUAGACUGGUCAGCAUACCGAACCGAAACGAUGACACAAACUUUGGAUCACAUUAAGACUAAGCGAGAACAGCGCAUGUCAUUGACUGCGUGA